AUGGCCGAUGACGAUGUAGGCGACGUCGACCUCCUCGAAUGGUCUCACGAGCUCGAUCGCUCCCAUCUCCGCUUUGCGUUCCGUCCCUUACGCUCCACUGUCGAUCGAGAGCGAAGCGCUCCCUUCCUCUACAAGCUUGCUCGCUCGUCUAAACGUAAACAGGUCGGAUUCCUCUUGCUCGACUGCGACGCCUGCACAGCUUUCUACGAAGGCGUCUCCCUUCGCACUCUCGACCGUCGCACCCGACUUGGCCAGCCACAGGACGGCGCAUCAGAUCUGGACGCAGAUGAGGUUCGACUCGCAGCAAUUACGAAAGCGAUUCAUCAUGCACUCGACCCGCAUAGAGCGCUUGAUACUACACUCAAGACCUCUAUAGGCCUCGAAUCCACCCGUUUCUCCUCUUCAUUGUCCAUCAGCGUCAAGUCCAGGAACGAUGCAAGCGACUGCGACCUCAAAACCUCGUUUGAUCUCGACCCACUCGAUCACGCAGCACUGGCCAACGUUCUAUCUUCCCACUUUGUUCGCCCGCUUCUUAGACUUGCAGCCGUGCUUUCUCGCUCAGCCUCUCAACAGCAGCUUGACGGCAUUCAGCAAAAGAAUGAUUCGGCAUUGAGCGCAACGAUAUCAGGGGACUCGUUGGAGCUACUACGGCGCGCUGCCUUGACCCAAGCACACCUGCCCAUAGGACCUUUGCAACCGCUCUUGAUUCACGGUCAGGACAAUCAAGGAGUGCAGUCGAGCCCAUCGCGUGCGCCUUCGAUCUCAACAAGCGAUGAGUCCGAUGACGAUCUGACUUCUGAUAUGCUCUUCUUCGGCCCACCUGGUCUCAAAGCUCCUUAUCCGCAUAAUGGCAUCCGCCAGCCAUUGCGCGCCACGACAAGCAACGAAGAGCUGCUGUCGUCGCCCAGCCCAAAUGGUGACCUUGAGGACGGUGAUCGUACGUUCACAGAACGCUUUCACUCUCAAAAUGGUGCAUACGCCACCUCUUCAAACACGACAAUCGAUGGGACAAGAGGCAAUACGGCUGCUGCUGUGCCAGAAGACGAUAGUUCAGACACAAGCGAGGAGGAAGAGAGUCUCCCGAUCGCUAGUAAGGCCGAGCGUACCCCGUCGUCACGGCAGCCAUCAUCAUCGCCACAACGUACAGAUCGACAGGCAUCGGCAAAGCACCAGAUACUAAACGAGAUUACAGACGUCUCAAAGAGAAAGUCGGACUUGGACGAACCAGAGAGAUCACCUGAAGACACUCCACCGCCUCCGUCUUUUGCCCCAACAUCAUCGCAAACAAGCCCGUCCAGGGAUAGUGCUUUGCGCAACGAGCAGCGACGCCGACGCGAGCAAAUCGCAAUGAUCAAGCGAGGUCAAGCCAAAGAGGAAAGUCGACCCACACCACAUUCAUCCGCAUCGUCCGGCGCUGCAUCCAAGUCAGCCUCGACGACUCGCAAACGUGCUCGCUUCUGA